CGCCAUCUUUGCCCCCCAUCACAAACACAGCCCUCACAAUGGGGGGACAAUUCGACCUCCAGAUCGCCCAGCCCCUGACGCUCAAAUGCGGCCUCACGCUCCCCAAUCGGCUGGUCAAAGCCGCCAUGGCUGAGCAACUCGCCGGCACCAACCAACUCCCCGAUGAGCGCCUCCUGACACUCUACAAACACUGGGCGCAAGGCGGCUGGGGGCUGAUAAUAACCGGCCACGUCCACGUCGACGACGCGCACCUGGGCGCGCCCGCCGACUCCGCCAUCCCGCCCUCCCUGCCCCCAACCACGCUCCUCCCCGCCUACUCCGCCCUCGCGCGCGCCAGCCAGGGGGACACGCACACGCCCACCAUCGGGCAGCUGAACCACCCGGGCCGCCAAUCCCCGCGCGGCACGGGCCGGCGCGGCUUCUUCGCCCCCGCCGUCGCGCCCUCGGCCGUGCCCGUCUCUCUCGGCUCCGGUUGGGUGGCGACGGCGGUGCGCAUGCUGGGGUUUGGUACGCCACGCGCGCUGACGGUGGACGAGAUCGGGGACGUGGUGGCGCAAUUUGCGCGCGCGGCGAGGGUGUGUGCGGAGGCCGGGUUUGAGGGGGUCGAGGUGCAUGCGGCGCAUGGGUAUUUGCUGUCGCAGUUUCUGAGUGGGAGGUCGAAUGUGAGGGGGGACGGGUAUGGUGGGGAUGCGAGGGCCAGGGCGAGGGUGGUGGUGGAGGUGGUGAGGGCUGUGAGGAAGGCGGUGGAGGGGUUUGAGGGGUUCUGUGUGGGGGUGAAGCUGAAUAGUGCUGAUCAUCAGAAUGAGGGGGAGAUGAGGGAUUGUGUGGAGCAGGUGAGGGCGAUCGUGGAGGCCGGGGUGGAUUUUGUGGAGGUGAGCGGUGGGAGUUUUGAGAAUCCGAAGAUGAUAUGGGGCAAUGAUGGCCCAGAUGGCCCGGAGGAAAAGUCGGACCGCACCAAGGCCCGCGAGGCUUUCUUCCUCGAGUUUGCCCACGUCAUCCGGAAAGAAUUCCCGGAUGUCCCCCUCAUGGUCACCGGCGGCUUCAGCAGCCGGGGCGGGAUGGAGAAGGCAGUUGUCGACGGCGACUGCGAUCUGAUCGGCCUUGGGAGGCCCGCCGUCCUCAACCCCUCUACCCCCAACAGCGUCAUGUUUAACGCCGAGGUCAAGGACCAGGACGCUACGCUGUACCGGAAGAAGAACAAAACACCCUGGUUCUUCAAGUGGAUCGGGCUCCCGAUCGUCGGCGCAGGAAUGGAUAGUCAAUACUAUACGGAGCGGAUUCACGAGUUGUCAAAGGCAUAGAUACCUAAGAGAAGAGAGGUAAUGGCUAGGUUUUUAGAGAAUAGU